GAACUGACAAUGAACCAAAAUCAACCACAGUUGCCUAAGGGUAUUUGUGUGCUGGAAACACAAGUGGCGGGCCAUUUGUUCACCAACAACACAGCCGCUUUGGGUAUGCUUAAGGAUGAAACUAUCGGAUGUGUAUUAAAGCCAUUCGGCAAACCGGAGUGUGGGGCCAGGGAGUUAAGUUUCUAUGAAAAUCUACAGCAGACCAAUGACCCUCUUCUAAAGCAAUUGCAAAAUUUCAUACCAAAAUUUUAUAAGAAAAUAAGACUGGAGGUGAAUGGUAAGGAGCACACAUUUUUCCAAUUGGAAGAUUUAACACAUGGCAUGCAGCGGCCAUGUAUUAUGGAUAUUAAAGUGGGUAAGCGGACAUGGGAUCCAUUGGCUUCGCCGCACAAAUGUAAAGUGGAGGAGGAAAAAUAUGCCCGUUGUAAACAGGUGUUGGGCAUAUGUUUACCCGGUUUCCAGGUUUACACGGCGGAGGGUUAUCAGAAGUAUGAUCGUGAUUAUGGUAAAAAAUUAGAUGCCGAUGGUUUGCGUGCAGCCUUGCGAAUGUUCCUAAAUGCCCAGGAAAGGGUGUGCGAGGCGCUAAUCGAAGAAUUGCUCAGGCAGUUGUAUGAUAUCCGAGAAUGGUUUCGGGAACAAAAAUAUUUCCAUUUCUAUGCCAGCUCUCUGCUUAUCGCCUAUGAUUUUGUGGCUUUACAAAAAAGACUGCAGACCACAACCGGUACGACUACGACUAAUGGACAGCAGCUGCAACAGCGUGAAAAAUGUACAGCAUGCCAAAAAUCAAAACAGCAGCAACAACAACUCCAAAACCACCAACAGCAACAUGACGGCCACCACCACCACAUACCGAAUGGUAACAGCUUGCAUAUUUGUGAAGUUGCCGAUAAUUACGAUAAUGAUGAUGACGAUGUAGAUGGUUACCACCCCUCAGCUCCUCCACGUCUCGCAACUAAAGAGGUUAAUAACCAGUGCUGCUGCACAUGUCUGGAACGUUAUGUUAAGGUUAAAAUGAUUGAUUUCGCACAUGUAUUUCCGGCGACAAAUAAUUCAUUGGAUAUGAAUUAUCUAUUUGGGUUGGAGAGUCUUAUUGCCAUACUAGAGGAUAUGUUGCAGCGAUAAUAUGACAAAAACAACAACAAAC